AUGCCGCCUGUGGAGGCCCCGGACGGCUUCUAUGGCGCCAGCGCCAUUGAUUCGUCGCGUAUGGACUACUCUUCGCGUACAGACGGGACGGAUGGAGUGGGUCCGUUGCACGGCCUUAGCGCUCGUGCGCCUAAGGGCGACGCAUCAAACUCCGUUCUGGAGCGGUACAGCGGGGCUUUGGACAUGCUGCGGAACCAGCUGUGGUGUAUGCCGGCCAGCGGUAACGUGACAUUCGAGGAAGGCUUUGCCGAGGAGGAGAGUUCUAUGGGACAUCAGUCGAGCCGUUCCAGUGAUCCGUCACAUCUCAUCAAGGUUGAGCGCGACCUGUGUUCGCAGAGUUCAGUGUUUUUGAAACGGCUGCUGGUUCGAGCUGACCGGGUGCCUGCUUCAGUAAUCGACAGCGUGCUUUCGGAUAGGGGCGUGGUGCGGCGCCUGCGGAAACUGAACGACACCUUCACGUUCGGCAAGAGAUUGUACCUGCCCCACGAGGACCUGCCUCCUGAAGUAAUGAGUGCGGUGAACACUGCAUGCGGUCUGUUCAACGGCAGCUGCGUGCCGGCGGUGAUGUGGCCCUGCACGGACCGGAACGCGGACCACAACGAGCGCGUGACGAUCACGGAAUCGGCCGUGUUCGAGGCUCUCCAGAUACACCGCCUGCUAAAACACAACCGAGGUACGUAUGUGGAGUGGGGCCGCAGCGCCACUUCUGGCCAUGCGGAGGCCGGCCCACUACCAAUCGACGUGACCGACUCCGCUGCGAUUCGUGAGGUGUCUGACACGAUUUUGGACGAGCUGUCAUCCACCAUGUGGUGUAUCGGUUUCCUAGCUCUGCACCUGCGUUCGAAGAGUGAUGACAAGUUGCGUAGGCACGCAUCGGACCUGCUGUCUGACCCCGAGGAGCUCACGUCGAGGCUGUGGAAGUACUACCUCGCUUUCUCGGACCACGUGAAAAUGCGGUGCACGCACCUGAAGGACAUCGACAAGACGUUGAACGCCAAUCUGAGCGGUCGUUUGGUGGUUGAGGUGCAUCGCGUGUUGAGCCUGCAGUGCGCCAUCGUGAAGGCGCUCUUGGACAUCCACAUGGGCACCCGCAGCAUGAGCGUGUCGGAGUACGAGCGCUACGAAGCCCACUUCGAGAGGCGCGGCUUCAGCGGCGCGUUUUCGGCUGCUCGCACCGUGAUUGGCGCUGACGAAUGCGCCAGUUCGCCGCUGCUGAUGCACGCAGUGCAGGAGCUGCAGUGCCUCGGUUCGUUGCUGCUGAGCAGUUUUUACUUGUACGACGCAUUCGGCGACGGCAAAUAUGAAGUGACCAAGAAGGAUUUCUUGUUGGAUACAACGGAUUUAAUGCGCAAGCAGCUGAUGGUGUCCGGCAGGGGCCCUUCGGACAACAAAUCGUCUGUGAUCCUGGUCUUCGCCUACGCAUGCUUCCUUAAGGAUCUGUCGCGUGAGAAGGAUUAUCGCAACGUGGACGCUUCGUUUGCGAGUGACGUCGCCAUCCACGUCGACAAUUACAGCGAAUGUUUGGAAUGGAUCGUUCUUACACGGGACAUGCUUAGCGUCUCUGGUUCUACGGCCGUCGCGACUUCCUCCUGCCGCCUGGUGUUGCUGGAGUCAAUAUGCCGCGUUAUUGAGUGUUUCGGGAUCGAAAAACUUCCUCAUCUGGAUCGCAUUAUUUUCUGUAUUUGCCGGAUUGUUAAAGGUGACGAUUCCGUGUCAGACCGCAGUUAUCGCAAAGCGAAGUUGUGGAUCCUAGAACACGUGAGCAGUUAUCUGAUGUCUCACUUCCCUUUUGGCUUAAAUGCGCUGUUCCAGCUGCUGGCUGCGUGCCUGCCGCACAGCGCGGAGUCUCGCGACGAUUCAUUAAUGGAUGUGGACAGUGACUGCAGCACCAUGGAGCUGGUGGUUAAGUUCUUGCUGAAGCCAUUCGGCACCAUCACCCUGAGCCCGUUGAUCACCCCGCUGGAGUACAAGGCGGACACCAACGAAUUCGAGCUCAGUGGCGACGUUUACGUGGGGAUUCAGCUGUUGCACAUGUUGGGUUUUGACAAGCAGGUUCUGUUUGACCAGUGGUUCGCCUGGGGCCUGGGCAAUUGCUUGUACUAUCUGCGCUCUGGCAGCGUCGGGAAGCGUGUUUCGCUGAACAACCUACGUCACCUGUCUACGAAGCAGAACGAACUGCUUAACGCACACGAGAACUCGUGGGUGGUCGAUGCCGGCAUGCAGAACAUUGCCCUCGACAGCUCGCUCGGCGCCUUUUGGAUUCAGGAGUCCCAAAUGCCGAAGCCGUCCGGUACAUCCGGCUCUCUGAGCGGCUGCCGGUUUGAGCUUGAGAACGGCAUGUGCGUCACGUGCUACACCACCGGCAAGCAGUCUGCCUCACAGCCGGAGCCGGCGCUGCACUUCACGCUGUUGCGCGCCAUCUGGAUUAUAUGGCGCGGUUCCAUGCUGUACGUGCUGAAUAUGAACUGCGACCUACCGGAUCACGCGCUUCGAACGUUUGUGGAGUGCAACGCUCUGUUGGUACGGCUGAUAACGAAGUUCCCUCGGCUGGUGUCUCUGAUCGAGGACCAUAUCGUAUCAAGUCUUCAUAUGGGCGAUGCUUCUAGCAAAUUCCCCUUCGGCCCGUGCAGCCUGAUCUUCCACUACACGCUACUGUUCGUGUUGUGCCUCCAGCGGCGGCAGCUGCGCAUAAUGCUGCCCGAGGUCAUCGAGGCGCUACGCGGUUUCCUGAUUCCGGCGUACGUUGUGCCAGUGGGUGACAAUGCCACCGAGGUUGAGUUCAGCCGGUACUGGAUCUUUAUGGAAUCCUUCGAGUUCUGCUGCCAGGGCCUGGCGGAUGAGUACGAAGCGCCCGUGUUUUUGUUGAUGGAUCGGAUAAUGCAGGAAGAGGAGCUCCCGAUGCACAUCUACCCCGUGACUCGCGGCGUGUUGCUGUUCUUCAAGGAGUUGCUGGAGCAGUGCCCUCCUGAGCUGUGGAUGUUGAGUGGGUGGCAUCACGGCAUGCUGAACAUGUCGCACACUUCGUUGGACAUGGAGUCGAACAAUGUGACGCACGGCCUGGGCCUGUCGUACCUCUCCUCGUUGAAACGCUACGUGGACGCCAAUGCUCACAAAUCUCGCGAGCUGUACAACCCGUUCCAGGCGAAGCUGCUGUGCGAAUUCUUCGCUUUCGUCAUGAAGGACGUGUCUCCCCGUGUUGCGGAGUUCGAGUUCGCCGACAACGGCGAGCGUUUGGACAUAUUAUGUGCCAUCGCGGACAUCGUGCAACUCAUAUGCCGCAUCUUCCGUGUGCACAACUACGACAACUCCAAGUCUGAGAUUGGUGGCGCGUCAACCGAAACCUCCGACGACUCGUGGGUUCAGGGCCUCAAAGAGCUGAUAAAUCGUUGUCUGCUGAUAUUGUCUGGAUCCAACUACAUAAUGGAGGUGAUAAACGCGUUGACUUGCCAAGUUGACAUUCUGGCCUACCACCAAAGCAGGAGCGGGUCACUGGUUAUGGUGAACCCGCUGACUUUCAUCGAGGUGAGUUCGGACUUCUUCACCGUUCGCAAGGCCAUCAAAAGCCGCACGGCUGUGCACAUCACGUCUACCGCCGCUCCCGAUUGCGGGUACGCGUCGUGUUAUCAGUCGGCGUGCGGUUUCCGUUGGCUGUGCCAGCAGGAGUUUGUAAGCCUCUCCGGCAAGUCCAAGAGGCUAAUUAGCUCAUCGCUAAGGCUGCUGCGCGACCUGUACGUGGUGGCACUGCCACGUAACCGCAACCCUCUGUUUGCGACGUUGGCUGAGAGUUUGGGUUCGAAUUAUUUCGUGAACUGCCGGACCGAGGUUGAGCGUCGUCGCCGAUAUAUGCAGUCAUCGGACAAGGUGUUUGACUCUAACGACCCCGUGGCUUAUUAUGCGUCGAGACAGGUUGAGCUGCUGUGUGGUGGCCUUCCGGUAACGUCCGUCGUGCAGUCGCUUGUAGCGCACACGUACAGCGGCAGCACGGUGGCCGCGGCCACCGACAUCCUAUCGAUGUACCUGCUACUGCACGAGCAGUACAAGCUUGACAGCGGCGCGCUCUUGGGCUCCUUCGUGAUAAACAACAGCUCGGCGCUACAGCAGUUAGGGCACAUGCGAGGGAAUUACGACGUGAUAUCGCAGAGUAGCAAGGACGAAGCGUGUCUAUGUGAGCACCUGGUAUGCGUAUUUUUGGAUCCCACCACUACCAGCUUCGAGACCCGUCUGUCGAUAAUGCAGUACAUUUUGGUUGUCCUCAGCACGUGCAGUGGUAUGGAGAUGCUUCUGCGCAACGGCAUUGACGUCGAGGCGCUGGUGGACUUCGUGGACUCGGUCCUCCGCUACCACGUACUGCACGGCCGGCGUCACAACCUGGGCGACGUGACCGUUGCCCAAUACGCGCUGUUGAUUUUCGCGCGGUUGGUGGAGCUGUCGAAGGGGGCGCACCGCGGCUAUUGUUGGAGAUCCGUGACACUGUCGUUACGUGUGUUGAUUGACCUUUGGCGCUCAUUCGACUCGAACCUGUUCGUUGACCCCGAAGUCGCGCUGAACCAGCAGGGCGUGGUUCCGAGGAGCACCAUGGUGAAGGAGCUGUGGUUCGAGCAGGUGUCGCCUGACAUGUACGUGGACAUGUCCGACUCCCUGUUGGAGCGCCGUCUUGGGCUGAUGCGCAUAAUGGGCUCCGUGUAUGCAGUAUUGGACUGUAUGAAUGUCCAGCUGCGGUGCUCGAAGUCCAGCGGUCGGGAGCUUUUGGACGAGUUUCUGCGCCUGCUUUCCUUCGUCUCCACUAACUGGGAUUUCAUGGACACGUUGCUCCCCAUAAUCGUGUACGACUCCGGCUUCGUGGACACGUAUGUGAGGAACGACGUCACGCAGAAGAACAUGCGGCAGUACUACCGCCUCGGUUUGUGGCUGGGCGAGGACUCGAUGUUGCCGCUUACUCGCUGCUUGCACUACCUGCAUGACAUGAACGUGCCGCCCGAGCUUCUGCUGAUGAGCGGCGAUGCUCCGAGCGAGAUAAAUCCGCUGGAUGCGCAUGAGUUGCUGCAUUCUGUGGUGUCGCAAAAGUUGGCGCGUUUGAAGAACCAUGUCCCUGAGAAAACAUCGCGUCAUGAUUUCUUCGCCGACAUGCUUCGACCUCUGCUCAGUGAUAUAGUGGGUCCUCCAGAGGUGAACGGUUUCGAAAACCACCGUCCUAAGGUCAAUUUUCUCGACGUGGAAUCCCCGCGCAGCGACUCGGUGCACCCCGACUAUUCGUUCUACAGUUUCGGCACCUCGAGUGAAUUCGGCCAUCGCUACAUGAUGGACGUGGAGAUGUUCCGCCACUUUUGCAUGGCGCUGCUGACGUCGGCGGAUGAUCAGGUGAACGUGCUGUUGUCUCGUGGUAUGGCCAGCGUUCGCGGCUGCGUUGAAAUGGUGCCGUACGUCGAUUCCCUCAACGAGCUAAAGCUCAGACUGCUGAGCCAGUUGUGCCAUUUGGUGGCCAACUUCCGGUAUUUCGGCAGCGACCUAGAGACCCGCAUGGGCAAGCUUUUGCGCGCCGAUGUAUACGCGUGUGAGAAGGACUCGCAGCGCACGCUGAAGACCCCGAUGCCGCCAUUCGAGAUGUUCGCGUUUAAUGGCGCUAUGCUGCUGCAACUUGCGCUGACUCGCCCCGAUUGCUUGUCUGAGCACCCUGUGUACGUGGGUCUGCUAAUCGAGUUUCUGCGUCUGCUUUUCGAGAAAAGCUUCAGCCUGUCGCGUCUGGAGAGCAGCUUCGUGAGCUACUACGAGUGCUGCCGAUCUGCCGACGCGUCUGAUGGCGGUUUUGUGGAUUACAUCGUGAGUCGUGACUUAGUGGGUAGCGGCGACGCGGCGAGUGGGCCUGGCGAUAAGGCCAAGCGUGGCAAAACUGCAAAGGACAAACCAGAUGCCAAUGCCAAUGGCAACCGCGGCGAGGUAGGCCAGGAUUUCCGCCUCUUUGCCGUGAACGUGUUGGGUGGCCUGGUGGCGCAGGUGGCUCGGUGCGUUGUGGAAUUCAGUGAGCGCUUCCACGAGGUGAUAGAUGUGAAUUUCACGGCUCCAAACUACAGCAGGGGGUUCCUGAAGCUCCGGAUGGCGGCAUUCCGAUCGUGCCUGAUGUACCGCGGCAGGAUCGCUCCGAAGGGCGACCCAUCCAUGUCCCCGGGCGCCUUCUCUGAUGUAGAUACGCAGAACUCUGAGAGUCAAGACUGCGUCUGCAGCAUUGCCGUGGGCAAAGGCGGCGGCACUGACAGCGUGAGCGUGUGGCUGCAUUUCAAGCUGAGUUUGUUCUUCGUGUGGCUCUACAAGGCGCUGUCUGUCGCCACUAAGAGCGCCCACGAGCAUGAGCCGCGGGGCGUCGAGGACGGCGUGUUGGAGGUGUACGAACGCGUAACUAAGUAUGCGCUGAAAAGCAUUACUCAGAGCUGCGUCCGAACGAUCGGUUGCAUGCAAAAGGAGAACGCCAGCCUGCUUCAGUGCUUCGUUGGCGGCGGUUACGGUACGCCGCAUACCGGUGAGGUGGAAGCUGCUUACGUGUUAAUCAUGGGCCCAUACGCCUCCAUGCUCGCCCUGGAGUCCAUCGUGUGCACCGACUACAAUGCAGCGUUUCUGCACGGCAAGGGUUACGUGCAUUUGGUUGAGGUGAUGGAGGCCGUGACGCAGCUGCCCUACACGACGUCUGCGUGCAUUGCGAACCAGGACGUGAAAUCUGGCGAUUUGGUGAACCCUAUGCUGGUGAUGAAGCGCGACAAGCAGAUAAUGGCCGACAGCCUUCGGUCGAGCACCGGCCGCACGUUCCAGUAUGCCAAUCGCAACAUGCUGCGUGCGGUGCUGUACAAGCUUAUGCAACGCCUUAACUUCAUGCUGAUGCGCGGCAUGACCUGCAAGGAGUUUGCGUCACGUUUCGCUGCCUCUCAACAGCUGCAGCUUCUGUACGUGUACUCAUUUUUGUGCAACUUCGUGCAACCCCUGGACGACGUGAACCCGAAGAAGAUGCUGGCGACAUUCUCCGACAACGUUGUGUCAGGUGCUAGAGGCAACUGCGUGGAGGUGAUAGAGAACAGUCUGACCAUGUGGUACCCGCCGUACCAGGGUUACCGAGUGGGUAUAGCGGUUCGCUGCCCGUACCACCUGCUGCACUGUGGCAUGUUGCGCUUCUUGGUCGAGAUGUGCUCCACCCACGACGUGGGCGGUGUAGUGGACGCCGUGCACAUGGACAGCGACUUUGGCGUGCAUUCAUUGAUUUUGGAUGUGCUCCGCCUGAUGCAUGCGCGCAUGAGUCACAUGAUGAUCGCCGACAAGCUGACGCUGGCACACCUGGAAGAAACCCACAUGAUGUUUUCGGUGCUGCGCCAUCUUCCUAACCGCCACCGUCUGUCUGCAGGUGAUUCCGCGCUGGUCAACGAGCUGCUUCACUACUCAUCGCGUUUCUUUUCAACCCUGAUGCGUGCGUUCCAGCACGGCCUGGACAAGCUGGUCGACAUGAUCCCCACCCGCAGCGCGGCAGAAUUGCAUGCUGAGCCACCAAAGUCGUCAAGAUCGCGUAUAACGCCGCGCUCUGCCCCGUCUGCUGAAUCAAGCACCUCUGAAAGGCGACCUGGACCGUUCCAGCAAAGGUGUCUGUACCUCGCCUUGAAGAUCGCCGAAUCGUUCGCGACGUUUUUACUUAACCUGGAGAUAACCGUUGGCGUUGAUUCUGAAUUGCCCCCGCCCCUGGAGCAUUUCGUGAAGACUGAUGACCCCCAGCGCAUCCGUCGCAUGUGCGGCGUGGACAACGCGGUGUUCCAGGGCGUGCUACACUCCACCGACGUGGACAAGAGUAAGUGGUGCCCUGGCGACCACCAGCCGCUAACUAAACCUCACGAGGUUACGUUCGAACACAUGGUCGAGACGAUGGGGUCUUGUGUGGAUCUGUGCACCUGGUCGUUGGGCGUCUGCAAGGAUUUGCGUAUCCCCGGCAAUUCGCCGUUCUUGGUGGGCGUAAGGCGCCCGGAUAGCAAUGAAGUGAUCCUCCCACUGAGUGUUUUCACGAAUUUCCGAGGGGAAGCGAGCAAAACGUCGAUUGAAGGCUUCCCGUGCUCCAUCUACCGGGAGUCGUCUGCCCCGCCGCUGGACCACGUCGAUGUGGCCCCCGCCGCAAUACCGGUGUCCGAAAUCCAAUCGCUGGUGGAAUGCGUGAUCGAGAAAACGACGCUUUACUGCGCUCGGGCCGUGAACACCGCCUUCGUGCAGAACCAGCUGCACCAGCAUGACUUGCGUCUCGGUCGGGCUCAUGACACGGCUCAGUUUGAUCCCAGCGGCGUCCAUUCCGGGCUAAACCGCGCUGAACCGUACGGAGUGAAACGCCGAGGAGGACCUGGACGAAUCCACUCCACGAUGAGGGUGCUGCACAACGCGUUCGCCGACGUGGCCGCCAGCGCCAGCUGCUUGUCUGCGUCGACUAUCGAGUUUUGCGCGGUGCUGUCGAGCCUGGUGGAGCGUCGCGUUACGCAAGCCAGGGUGUUGUCUGAAGCCUUCGGCGACACGUUUUUGUAUUUGGAGAGCGCGUGA